AACAACCGCAACCGCAAUUUAAAACCUUAUUCAUACCUUUACUUUGUAAAUAAUUUGUGGGAUAUACUUCUCAUUCCCUAUAAAUUAAAUCAAACUAUCCAUGUAUUGAGAACAAACAUCUUCAUCUAUUAUUUUCUCUGAUAUCGCUUGAGAAUUUUUGAGACAACAAGAGCUGUAGCUGUUGUUUUUGAAGGUCCUUUUUGGAAAAAUAUUGAUGAUGGGUAGAUCAAAACAUGAGCACCUAUGGAUUCACGUUACAAAAGUGGAAAAUGGUCGUAAAUGGAUAUGCAAGCAUUGUGAUGGUAAGUUUAGUGGUGGUGCUUCAAGAAUUAAAACACACCUUGGUCGCAAAGGAGGAGGAGGCAUUAGACAAUGCUCCAAUUAUCAUGCUAAUGAUCAAGGAAUUCACAAUAUGGCAUCCACUUCAAAUAAUUCACAAGGUGUGAUUAAUAGAGUUUAUUCAACGCAAGAUCAAGGAAAAAUAUUGAUGAUGGGUAGAUCAAAACAUGAGCACCUAUGGAUUCACGUUACAAAAGUGGAAAAUGGUCGUAAAUGGAUAUGCAAUCAUUGUGAUGGUAAGUUUAGUGGUGGUGCUUCAAGAAUUGAAACACACCUUGGUGGCAAAGGAGGAGGAGGCAUUAGACGAUGCUCCAAUUAUCAUACUAAUGAUCAAGGAAUUCACAAUAUUGCAUCCACUUCAAAUAAUUCACAAGGUGUGAUUAAUACAGUUUAUUCAACGCAAGAUCAAGGUGUGAACGGAAGCAGUUGUAAUAUAAACGUCUUCGAAAGUGAGAUUAAUCGGUUAAAACAACUAGUUAUUGAUCUAGAAUGUGAGGAAAGGGAUAUUGGAAAACAACUGCAAUGGUUGGAGUCUCAUGGCAAAAAGCCAAAACUAAAAGUUGAUGAUUGGCUGGAAGACUUACUUGAAUUGAAAGAAAGAGUGGAUGAUGUGAGUGACUUAGAAGACAUUCUUGAAUUGAUCGAAGAUUUGAAACAACAUAAAGAAGAUAGGCCUCUAACUUUGUCGACUGAAUUUGUUGGGAAGAAAUUAGACUUGAAUAUCAAGAAAGUGUUGAAACUUUUAGAUGAUGACAAAGUCUUUGUUAUUGGCAUAUAUGGAAUGGGAGGAGUGGGAAAAACUUUACUUGCAACUCUCGUGGAAAAUGAAGUUAAAAGGAAAACAACUUUCAAGGAUGUGUUUUGGAUCACUGUUUCCCAUAAUUCUAGCAUCUUAAAAUUGCAGCAUGAUAUUGCAAAAAGAAUAGGUGUGAAUCUUGAUGAAGACGAUGAGAGAAUUAGAGCAGAUUAUUUGUCUUCCGCAUUGGAGAAAAAAGAAAAAUCAAUUCUUAUUCUAGAUGAUGUUUGGAAAUACAUUGAUCUACAAAAGGUGGGAAUUCAUCCAAAAGUGAAUGGCAUUAAAGUGAUUGUGACAUCUCGUUUGAAACAUGUAUGUCACCAGAUGGAUUGCCAGCCAUAUGCUAUGACAGAAAUGUUUCCUCUCAAUUGGAUCAGCGAAUAUGAAGAUAGUGACUAUGAUGUUGACGAAGAUUGGGAUUUGUUUAUGAUAAAUCUCGGACAUGAUGGAACACCUAGGAUACUUCCAUAUGAAAUUGAAAAGGUUGCAAGAUGUAUUGUAAAGAGAUUUGAAGGUUUACCACUAGGAAUCAAAGUGAUGGCUAGAACCAUGAAAGGGAUUAACGACAUUCAUCGAUGGAAACAUGCAUUCAAUAAACUUAACAAAGUGGAAACGGGACAAGAGUUGGAAGAAGAGGUCUUCAAGGUAUUAAAACUUAGCUAUGAUAAUUUGAAGGAAAAGGACCUGCAAAACUGUUUUUUGUAUUGUGCAAUAUUAUCUGAUGAUAUUGAGUGUGUCGAUUAUGAGUUGAUCAUGAAACUUGUUGACAAUGGAUUGAUCGAUGGUAACAGGUGUUUGGAAGAAAUAUCUAAUGAAGUGAAGGUCAUGUUGAUUAGGUUUGGAGCCAAUUCUUUGGAUUGCACUCAUCGCUUGGUGAAAGACAUGGCGUGUUAUAUCCUAAAAGAGAGUAAGAGGAAUGCUAUGUUGAAAUUUGAUAAAGAAUUAACCAAGAUACCUCCCACACAUGAGUGGAUAGUUGAUUUAGAGGUUGUUCAUUUCCAAUGUUGUUAUUAUUCUCCAAAAGAAAUCCCUGAGGGCAUGUCACCUUAUUGCCCGAGGUUGUCCACAUUGAUUAUAAAUAGAGCGGAAAUUAGUCAUGUUCCAGAGAGUUUUUUUGAAUAUAUGAAUAGUCUAACAAUCCUCGAUCUAUCCUAUAAUGAAAGACUAGAAUCUUUGCCAAACUCAAUCACUAAGUCGAGGUCCCUUGUUUCAUUAGUACUAAAAGAAUGUAGUUCACUUAAACAUGUGCCCCCGUUGGGAGAACUACAGAGUUUGUCGAGAUUGGUUAUUACAAAGAGUUCCAUUGAAGAAGCACCACAAGGCUUGGAUAAACUACUCAAUUUGAAAUGGCUUGAUCUUUGCAAAAACAAAAGUUUGAAUUUUGAAUUUGGGACUUUAUCCAAUUUGACCAAAAUGCAAUAUCUUGAUCUCCGAGAUACACGUGUUGUGAUUAGGGUAGAAGAUAUUCAAGGGAUGAAUAAGCUGGAGCGUUUAGGAGGCAUUUUUGACAUAAAAGAUUACCACAAUUAUGUGCAAAACAUGCCUGAGCUCAAAAUGUAUUGUCUCAUUUUCAGAAAUGUAUCUGGUGAAUCAAAAAGAUAUAAUUGGUCCUAUGAUAACGAUUUGCAAGAAUUUUUUGAAGGUGGUGAAUCAACAAGAGUUAGGACUAUACAAUUUGAAGACUGUGAAAAUUUCUCUUGCACACUGCCGAAUGACUUUACACGUCUUGGUAUAUAUGGAAACAUUCAUUGGCUUUGCUUAUGUGAUGCUUUGUCAUAUAAUACUUCUUCUUCUUUAUAUGCAAUUGACAUUAAAAGUUGCCAACAGCUGCAAAGCUUGUUUUGUUUACUAACUUCUUGCUCCUUCUGCACCGAGAUUAAGUACCAACUGCAACGUUUGGUACUUAAUAGUUUGGAAAGUUUAACUGGUUUCUAUAAAGAUGUUGGUGUUGUUGAACAAUCUUUGUCACUAAGGGGCAUAUUCAAUUAUUUAGGAUUAUUAAAUAUUUCUAAUUGUAAUUCAAUAGAGACCUUGCUAACACCAGCAUUAGUUCAACAACUUCAAAAUUUAGAUGGAUUAUAUGUAUCGAGUUGUGCUUCGAUGAAAGAGAUAUUUGCAGUGAGCAACAAUGAUGAAAAUGAGAGUUCAUUCAUUGCACUUCCCAAGUUGACCUAUUUGCGGUUGUUGAAUUUACCACAAUUGAAGAUCGUGUGCAAACGCAGUAUACGUUGUGGCUCUUCAAAACCGAGUUUGAACAUCAACUCUUGUCCUGAUUUAGAAAGGCACCCUACUGUGAAACUCAUAGAUUGUGAGAUUCCUUAUUUUGGAAUCUUCACAACUGAUAUUGAUCCUCAACUCAUGCUCUUGGAUACUCUUGUUAAUCUACAAUAAUGUUUUUCCUCCAUCCUCUUCAAGGUGGUUCAAUAUUCUACUUUUAUGGUUAUGUAAUUCUUAAUUAAAGUAUAGUAUAGUGUAAUGUCUUACAAUAGGCUAGCUUUAUCAUUGUAUAAAUUUUGUUGAUUUAGUUGUUUCUAUUUGAAUUCAUGUCAUAUCGAGUUUUUGCACUCUUUUUCCCUUAAUCAAGGUUUUUCCCAUUGGGUUUUCCUUGACAAGGUUUUUAAUGAGGCAGAAGGAUUCUGACACCUUGGGUUUUGGUCUAGUCCCCCCAAGGUUUCUUUGUAUCUUUCUUAUUUAUUUUAUUUUUUUACUUAUUAUAUUUCCUUAUGGUGUUUAAUGUCUUGGUUGUCACAUUUGUACCCUUUUGUUU